CUUUCAAACAAAAAGUUAGGUUAAAAAUUUGAAAAAGUGAAAAUUCUAGUGCUUGUUUGUGAGCCAAAUUAACGAUGCCAAGGAGAAUAAGAGCAAGACGCGAGUUCGGUUUCAACAUGUUCCCGGAGAUUCCGCGGCCCUUCAACAUGAUCUACAAGUGUCAUUCGGUGGCGAUGCUUCCGGGGAAUGAAAGACAGGAUGUUGAACGUGGGGGCAAAAUUAUUAUGCCGCCCUCAGCUCUCGAACAAUUGACUCGACUCAACAUCAAUUACCCUAUGUUAUUUAAGCUUACAAAUAAAAAAACCAACAGGGUGACUCACUGUGGAGUGCUUGAGUUCGUGGCAGACGAGGGCAAAGUAUAUUUGCCCCUGUGGAUGAUGCAAAAUAUGGUUUUGGAAGAGAGCGAUUUGGUCCAAAUCGAGAGUGUGUCACUCCCUGUGGGGACAUUCUCAAAAUUUCAACCUCUUUCGCCUGAUUUUCUCGAUAUCACGAAUCCUAAAGCGGUUCUUGAGAACUGUUUGCGCUCAUUUGCGUGUCUCACAACCGGCGAUGUGAUUGCUGUAAAGUACAAUCAAAAAAUCUACGAGUUGUGUGUUCUUGAGACGAAGCCUGGGAAUGCGAUUAGUAUAAUAGAGUGUGACAUGAAUGUGGAAUUUGCCCCUCCUGUGGGGUACAAAGAGCCAGAGAAAGAGAAAAGGGAAGAUGAGGAAAUGGCGGUGGAUCCAGCCGAUUUAAUGCCGGAACCGAUUGGAUUUGUGCCCUUCAAGGGCACCGGAAAUAGAUUAGAUGGGAAAAAAAGGAAGGAUUCAGCUAGCAGUGAUAUAAUUACGAGUAAACCGGCGUAUGUAAGGGGGAUUCCCAAUUAUGAUUAUGAAAUCGGGACUCUAAGGUUUAUAAGGAGGAGCACGAAGCCUGAAAAGGAGGAUGAAGCUAAUAAUGAGUUCAGGGCGUUCAGUGGAACUGGAUUUAGUAUGAAAAAGUGAAUUUGAAAGUGUGGAAUUGUUGCUUUAUUUUAUUAUUUUCUGUUAUUUAAGAGUGAAAUAAAUUUCUUUUUGUGGUAA